UGUGGAUCAGUUUUACGUAAAAAUUUCACUGAAACGGUUUGUUAAAGUUUAAACUACGGAUAAAUAAAGAAACGUAUAAAAAAACACAUACAACACAAAAUAAAACAUCCGACAAAUACUAAACUAAAUGGAAUUUUAAUAGAUUUUUUUCUAACGAUAAUAAGGAAAAAAAAAUACAAAUAAAUAAAAGAUUUUUGUAUUAGAAACAAAAAUAUUCGUUAAACGUUAAGCCAAAAUACAAAGAAUUAAGAAAAAUUUAUUGCAUUUUUUGGUAUUUACUUUAAACGAACACACUCACACAAACCCAGUGAAUUUAAAAAAAAAAUUAAAGCAAAAAAAAAUUUGCUACAAAACAAAUAGAAAUAGAACAUUUUUUCCAUUUAAAUAUUAAUAAAAACUACAACAAAAACAAAAUGUCUCAUCAAUGCAGUUGCGGUCGUGACCUCAACAAUAAUUAUGUCGGCUAUACAAGUGCUUACGCAAAUGCCAAUACCAGCUUAGAUCGUGAGUCCAAUGCCACCUUAAGUGGCUCUUCAAAAUCUUCACCAGGCUCACAAACCCAAUUCACAGCCAAGCUAAUAGUGGGCACAGUGGGCGCCAUUAAAGAGCUAAGGGAAAAGGAAAAAUCACGUCAAACAAUGACACGUGCCGGAGAUCGUAGAAAUUGAGUUGCAAAUGAAAAUAAAAAGAAAAAACGGUUAAGUUGCUUUUCUUUAAGUUUUUCCAAAACAUUUUAGAGGCAAAAAAAGUGUUAUUAAGCUGUUAUUUUUAAGGUGUUGUAAGAAAAAGCAGGUGUGUUUUCAGUUGUUUAUCUAGAAUGAAGUGAUGAAAGUGUAGUACUUUCUGAUUGUUAGUGUGAUUUAACAAAAAAAAAAAUAUUAAACAAAUAUGUAGUAAAUUAGUUAAACAAUUAAGUUUAUUAUGAUGUCCUUUUUUCUAUUCUAUCUUAAAAGAAAAAAAUGUUUUGUAUAUUUUUUUUUAAGAUUUAUAAUGGAUUUAUUCAUUAUAGGUUUUUUACAUUUAAAAAGGGAGUCAAAUUAGUACCGUUUUAUAUAGUUUAAAGAAAAUAGAAAUUUAUUAUAAAAUUUCUUUAAAAUGUAAAUUAAUUAAUUUUAUUUAAAAAAAUGCAGUUAUUUAAUAAGGUGUAAAAUUUAUGAAAAAUAUUCAAGAAUAAUUACAUGGACAUAUUUAAGAUAAAACAUUUUUAAAUUAUAUAAUUUUCUGCAAUAAAAAUUACAAAGAUUAGGAGAUUAUGAUUUUCUUUAUAUUAUGAUUUUUACAUUUCUCUACGUAUUACUCUUUUUGCAGAAAAAUUUGCAGGAUAUCAACGAUUAAUAGCCAAUGCCUUUUAAUUGUUGUAUUAAUUCCUAGUUAAACUUGUUUUAACUAAGGUUUGUUAAUCUUCGAUUAAAUAGACUUUUCAAUACUAGUUACUAUCAUUAACUAGGUUUAAUUAAACUACAUAAUGUGAAAUAAUAGAAACCCAAAUACCAAGAUAUACAUCUUUAAAAGAAAAAGAUGCCCUAAGUCCAAAUCUAGCAUCUAUCUUCACAUCUAGUUUAUAAAUAAUUGAAACCCAUAGUCUAAGGUAUACAUACAUCUCAGUGUCUGAGCCCGAAUUUGGCAAUAAAAUUUUCUUUACAACAUCUACUUCGUAUAGAAAACCCGCAUUUCGUUAACAUAUUUUACAAUUGACAACGCGAAGUUUUUUUAUAUCAUCUUCAAGUCCAAUCUGUCGAGUUUAAAACUCUGUUACAUCUUUUCCCUUAUUCGAGUUAUUUUAACCUAAAACAGCAAAUGGUAUAUCCAAGGAGAAGUAAUAAGAUAUAACAGAAAUUUAAUCUUUAUUUUCAAGAUGACAGAUUAGUUUUUAAGAUGAUGUAACAAAAUUUUUAAAUAAAGCAUUCUUGGCGCUAUUGCGCCAAAUACGGAAUCAGCGUACUCAAUUUUUUAGAAAAGUAUGUUUUGGUCUUUGGAUUAUAAACAAUUUACAACAAAAGUUAAACUUUUAAAGAACUCUUGGCGCUAUUGCGCCAAAUACGGAUUCAGUGUACUCAAUUUUUUAGAAAAGUAUGUUUUGAUCUUUGGGUUAUAAACAAUUUACAACAAAAGUUUAACUUUUAAAGAACUCGGUUUAGUUAAUCUACAGUUUUGUUUUGUUCUUUGGGAUUAUUAAAAAUUUGUAUUUAGAAUACAAGUUUAACUUUCAUGAACUCGGUUUAGUUAAUUUAUAGUUUAAGAUCUAGAUUCAUAUUCGGGCAUUCAAUUGUGUUAAAAAGUAUGUUUUGGUCUUUGGGUUUUAAACAAUUUUAGCAUUAAUUUUUAUUUAAAGUUUAAUUUUCAUGAACUCAGUUUAGUAAAUCUACAGUUUCAGAUGAUGUAACAAGAUUUUGAAAUGUAACUACCUUUGCGUUAUUACAACUUUUAAAAUAUGAUUAAAUUUAAAUUGGGAUUCAGGGCAGUUAAUCCUUAUUAUUGUGAGUUUAAAUGUUGAACUUUCAUUAACCCGAUAUAUAUAAAAGAAUAUAAUAUCAAUAAUGGUGGCUAUCUUUAGCUAAUAUUUAAUAUUAAAAGUUGACAUUUAAACGUUAGUUAAUCUAUCGUUAUGUAAAGGUAAUCAAAUUCUAAAUUCAUUCCUUAAUUAAGGAAAUGUUGUUUGAAGUUAAUUCAAGUUUAAAUCGUUAACUAACCAUUAAGGCAGCCUUGUUUAGUUAAUCUUAAAGUUUAAAAAAGAAAGCAACUAUUUGCAAAAAUAAAUCACGAAUUUAAACUUUUGGUAAACUCAGGAUUAUCACGUCUAGUUAGUUAAUCUGCAGUUAUGAAUGUGUUUAGUUAAAUUUUCUUAAACUAUGUUAAAUUUGCGGUUAUUCUACUCUUAUAUAAAUUAAAAGUAAAAAUUCUAAAUAAAUUUAUAAGAAAGUUCGAGGCGCCUUAUAUCUACCUCAGUUCAUAUAGAUAUUCAGAUUUUCAAAAUUGUAUUGUAAGACGUGACAACUAUUACUUGAAAUAAAAAUAAAUAGACAUUGAGAUAAAGGGGCUAAAACUUUGAAACGUCAAACUGUCUUAAACAUGGUUAGUUAAACAGAUAUAUAAAAUAUUUGACCUCGCCACCAUCUACUGUCUACCAGACAGGAACGCUAAUCUACCGGAGGCGACAAAAUUUAAAUUGGACUAUUUCAUGCAGUAAAUCUUCAGAUUUAAACUUUCAUUAAUAUUUAAAAACCACCAGUAAAAUAAGGAUUAAAACUCUUUCUAAACCUGGAUGCCUAAAGUGCAAAAGAUUGUAGAUUUUAAUAAUUAAUUUGAAUAUUUAAAGACUUUUAAAUCUUGUAAAAAUUUAUAACAAAAUUUUGAAUUUUCAUCGAAUAUUUUUUUUUUAAUUUUUAUUUCACAACAUUAACACUGCAUUUUCUUUUUUCUUAUCCUUUAAUAAUUAAUUUUUCAUUUCCUAUUAAUGCUUUACAAUUUUAACGAAUUUCUUAAUAAUUUAAUUAGUAUAUCAUGUUUUUAUUUUUUAUAACUUAAGUGCAAUUUUAUAGUUUUUUUUGUAAUUUUUUGUUUGUUAUGUUUUUAAAAAUUUUUGUUGUAAUUUUCAUUUUCUUUUAAGUUAAAUAAUUGGGUUUUAAAAAAAAUUAAAUUUGUUUUCGAUAAUUACUUCCGUUUGGUGAAGUAAAUAAAUUUCAAUGGUUAUGGUUAUAUAGCUUAAGUAUUUGUAAAAAAAAACCCGGUAUAUAGAGAUUUUUAAUAAAGUUAUUAAUGGUUUAUAACAGAAAUUUUGUAUAGAAAAAGUGUUUAAUAAAACAUAAAUAACUUUAUGAAUGUUUAAAUAUCUUAUCCAUAAACUUUUAUCAAUGGUUUAUAAAUCAAAUUUUCUUACAAAAUCUGUUUUAUAAACUUUUGAUAAAUUUUUAUGAAUAAGGCAGUAAAAGUUUACCAGUAAGAGUUUAAGGCAAAAGUUGUUAAUUUUGAGUUUUAAUCUUAAUUAGUUUUGAAACAAACAACAUCAGAAGUGCAAUAGUUUUAGGCUUUGCUUAAAAUAUAAAUAAAAAAAACUAUAAAGUUUUUAAAACUUUUUUUUUUUAUUUUCGCUUAAACUUAACAAUUUUAUUGUUAAAAAAUAAACUACUUAAUUGUUGGUUUUAUUUUUUUUAAAUUUUUUUUUUAAUAAACCAAUGUCAACCAAGUUUAUUUAACUCAUAGUAAAUUACAUCAUCUUUAAAUAAUCAAAAGCAAAUGAAAUUAAAAUUAUAAUAAAAAAAAAUAACAAAACAUUAUUAUCAAUAUAGAUUUAGAAACAAAGGAACAUCUAACAAAAGAAAAAAAUGCAAUAACUCAUUUAGAAAACAAACAAAUAAACAAAAGUUCUACAAAACUGAAAUUAAAUUAAAAAAAUAUAUAAAAAAUCUAAACUUAUUUAUAAUUAACUUAAGCAAAAAAGUGUUAAUAAUUUUAUUAUACAGUUGUAAAGAUUAUUUUUUAUUAUAUUUAAAAAAUAACACAAAAUUGUUUUUUUGUAGUUAUCACUUAAAGUACACAGUUUUUUCAUUAUUUUUAUAAUAAAUAUCUUAUUUAAAUGCACACUUUCAAAUUAUUUAUAUUGUUGUAAAAAUAUUAUAGUUUUGGGAAGCUAUCCCUGCAAUCAUUUAUGCGUCUAAGAACUUUCCAUGUUUUAUGUGAUUUUUAAGUAGUAAGUAGUGAAA